UUUUUUUUUUCUUUACUUCCCUCCUAAUCACUACCGCAGCUCGAGAUGGUCAUUCAACAGCCAAGCAAUCAGAUCAAACUCACCAACGUUUCCAUAGUGCGACUUCGUAAAGGUGGCAAGCGCUUCGAAAUCGCAUGUUAUAAGAAUAAAGUUAUGGAAUGGCGAUCUAAUGUAGAGACUGACUUGGAUGAAGUACUCCAGAUCCAUAAUAUAUUCCUCAACGUCUCAAAGGGACAAGUGGCUAGUAAAGACGAUCUCAACAAGUGCUUCAAAACCGACGAUCAAGACAAGAUAAUACAAGAGAUUUUGAAAAAGGGUGAAAUGCAAGUCUCAGAAAAGGAGCGAUCCAACCAACUCGAUACCAUGUGGAGAGAUAUCGCCACGAUUGUUGCCGAUAACUGUAUCAACCCGCAAACCAAGCGUCCGUACACAGUUACUAUGAUCGAGAAAGCUAUGCAUGAUUUGCAUCUCAGUGUAAAUCCUAACCGAAGCAGCAAAUCACAAGCUUUGGAUGUUAUCAAGCAAUUGCAGGAGAAGAAGGAAAUGCCUAUUCAAAGAGCACAGAUGCGAGUCAGAAUUACCAUGGCACAGACAAAGGAGACCAAGAAACUCAGAGAAAAGAUGGCGCCUCUGUUGGCUAACGUCGAAGACGAAGAUUUCGCUGGGGACGAAUACGAAUUGGUCGCUUUGAUUGAUCCUGGAAAGUACAAGGUGAUCAAUGAAUUGCUGCAGGCGGAUACAAAGGGCAGAGCUACAAUUGAAAUCAUGAGCUUGCGUGAGACAGAGGAAGGUGAUGAGAAAUUUUAGACGUUAAUAAAUUGUAUCAUAUUGUUUUUAAAAAACUGGCGAGUUCAAAAUGAAUAGCAUGUCUUCAUGCUUUUUGAUCCAUCGCAGCAAAUGAUUGGAGCUGGUGAUGACCGUGGAUUUUGGCACGGUAGCAUUGAACACAACAUAGAGCUCGAACGAAGAAGUGAUCUA